GGUAGCCCAUAUGGUAGAAGUAGUGAAGGCUUGCCAAAUAUGAAAAAGGGCUCUCUAAGAAAUUGAAUAUCACUUAGUUUCGCGAAUAAACAUUGACGGCCUAAAGAACAUUUAAGACCUGAGUGGAUUUAAGACGACGCGGAAGUGGCCGGGAGGGGGAGAUACCAAGACUUGUCUCCAGAGUUUUUGAUCUGACAUGCAGUGAAUCACAAUCUGUGGUGAAGCGAAUCGGCUUUUAGAGAUGACUGUUGUCGGUGCGCACUGGACAGAGUCACAACAGGAUCAUGAUACUAAGGAGGUUUAAACCAAACCCCGAGCACUGGCACGAUACUGUAGCACCCCGCUGUGCAGGUCUGACAGGUGAGGAAACUAACGGGCUUGUUGUUGACAGCCGUCUUCGGGGUGGAGUUUUCUUCUGCAGAGGAUCGUAUCAAACUAUCAAUGUGUGUGUGCCUGGGCACAUAGCAGCAACGAGAUGGCCAACUGUCCACAAUCAAGGUUUCCACGGGUAACAGUUCGUCAUGACUACAUUGGCCUGAGGUCCUAUGAGGUCUCUCCCUUCACAUCUGUUCAAGAUGUCAAACAGUUGCUCUACGAGGAGACAAACCUGCCUGUCAUUGAGCAACGCCUCACUCACAAUGGGAGAGUGCUGGAUGACAGUGUGCUGAUCAGAACAUUGGUGCCUGCCGGAAGCCCAGAAGUAUCUGUAAUACUGGAGGGAAGAGGCCUUAAAGGGGGAGGGAGGUUUGGACAGACUACACCCCCACUUGUUGAGUUUUUGAAAGAUAUUUUGAGGAGGUACCCUGAGGGUGGACAGAUUCUGAAAGAGUUGAUUCAAAAUGCAGAAGAUGCUGGAGCCACAGAAGUCAAGUUUAUGUACGAUGAGAGGGAGUAUGGAGUGGAGUCACUGUGGUCAGCUGACAUGGCUCAGUAUCAAGGUACCGCAUUGUAUGUCUACAAUGAUGCCGAGUUCACUUCGGAAGACUGGAAAGGCAUUCAGGAAAUUGCAAGGAGCAGGAAGCGAGAUGACCCUUUGAAAGUUGGAAGAUUUGGGAUUGGCUUUAAUUCCGUUUACCAUGUUACAGAUGUUCCUGGAAUAUUCAGUGGAGACCAGAUAGCCAUGCUGGACCCUCAUCAGACCCUAUUUGGAGUGCAUGAGUCUGGACAUUGUUGGAACGUGAAAACAGACCAUAAGGAGAUCGCAGAAAUGGCUGACCAGUUUGCUCCAUUCAUUGGGAUUUUUGGAAGCACUGAGAAAACCAUUAAGGAUAGCAGUUUUCCUGGAACGUUGUUUCGCUUCCCGCUCCGCAUGAAACCCUCCCAGCUAAGCUGCAACAUUUACAACAAAGAAAAGGUUUUGGAGCUCUUUGAGUCUUUCAAAGCAGAUGCAGACACAGUUCUCCUCUUUCUUACGAGCAUUCAAAAGAUUUCCUUACAUGUACGUGAGUCUGAUGGUACAGAGCACAUGAUGUUUCAGGUUACAUCAACCGGGAAUACUGAUGAUAAAUUAGAAAGACCUAACGCACUGAAGACAGUGAGUCAGGCUGUAAACAGCUAUAGCGAUGGUGCUCUCACUUCGAAAAUAACAUGCGUCACUUAUAAGGUCAACAUAGAGACACAGGAUGAAAUGGCCAAAGAGACUCAGAGGAUGACAUGGCUGGUUUGUAAUGGUGUUGGGGGCAGAGGACUGUGUGCAGAGUUAGACUCUCUGGCAGAUGAACUGAAGUUCAUGCCUACCAUUGGCAUUGCUCUACCUCUUACUUUGAUGAACAAAGAAGACAAAGGUGCCACAUCUGGUUUCUCAGGACAAGCUUUUUGCUUCCUUCCUCUUCCUCCCGGAGAAGAGAGUGAGACAGGGCUUCCAGUUCAUGUAAGUGGCUUUUUUGGACUCACAGACAACCGUAGGAGUAUCAAAUGGCGGGAGGUGGACCAGUGGAGGGAUCCAGCAGCCUUGUGGAAUGAGCUGCUGAUAAUCACUGUCACCCCUAGAGUUUAUUUCACACUCAUAACUGACACUAUAAAAAGGGUGCAGACAGAAAAGGACCAAGACUUUCCACUAUCCCCUACAGGGACGUAUAGGGCCUGGCCAGACCCUAAGCAGGUCAAAUCUCGCUGGAAACCUAUCCUCAAGCCACUUUAUGAAAGCUUACUGCAGCAACCAGUAAUCUAUUCACUCAAUAUGAGCUGGGUACAGGUAGAGCAGGCUGUGUUUUCAGACCUUGACACAGAUAAGGACAUUUCAGCGACUGUGAUCAACUACCUCCAAGGCACAGGAAUGCAGGUGGCAAAAGUAUCUAUGGUUGUGGACGCUGUCUUAGCUGCCUACAUAGCCGAGUCCUCUGAGGUGAAGAAAGUGACUGCAUCUUUGUUGCGGCAGGUGAUCAGGAAGAACAAACCCAAAGGGUCCUCACAGGAGAAGCUGCUGCUGCUUGAGUUUGCACUAAGUGAUGCUAAUUACAGUGACCUCAUAGGACUGGAGCUCCUUCCACUGCAGGAUGGGACAUUUACAACCUUUACAUCUCCUGUCAGUGAAAAGGAUGCCAUUUACAUUGCAUCUGAAGAAUACCCCAGGUCUCUGUAUCCAGGUCUUCAGGGUCGGUUCAUGUUGGAAAACCUCAAACCUUCAGUAAUGGGCAGUUUAAAGAAAGCAGUAAAAACGAGAGGCCGACCCUGCACUCAACUACAAUUACUGAACCCUGAACGAUCAGCUCGACUAAUCAAGGAGAUCCUUUCAACAGCAUGGCCAACUAGAGACUUCAUUGUCCAAUGGGAACCUAGAAAUGUACAGAUGAAGCAGCCUACAGUUUCCUGGCUUAAGAUGAUAUGGAAGCAUCUCUAUAUACAUUUUUCUGAUGACCUAAGCACUUUUGAAGACAUGCCUUUGAUUCCACUUGUGCCACUUGAGGAAAGUAUGGACAAGGUAAAGCUUCUUCGCCUCAAAACUCCAUCCCCAAUAAUUGUUGCUGAUGAGGAAGAGACACUGCUUUCUGGAAGUCUAAUUGAUAUCAUGGAAAAGCUGGGAGUAGUUGUGAUAAAAAAGCUUGAUUCAUGUUUGCAGCAUCCUUUGCUUAAAAACUACAUUCACCCUUCCUCUCCUGGUAUCCUUCUGAAAAUUAUGGAUAGAUGGUCAAUACAGCGGUUAUCCAGCCAAGUCUCUUCUUUGUCUGUCAAAGAGAAGAUUGUGCUCAGAGGUUUUCUUGCAGGACUGUCUGACAUUUCUGAGAGGGAAAAGCAUACCCUGCUUGAGCUUUCCAUCUUUGAGAAAGUUGGGACCUGCUCUGAAGGUACCACAACAUUUACAUCGUUGAGAGGAGCUAGGGCUUUACAUCAUAGAGCCAAAUAUCCACCAGAUGUGAAAUUAUCUCUGAAUCUUGUCUCUUGCUGUGAUGAGGAAUCAAUUCGCCUCGUCAAGAUUCUCAAUGUGGAACAAAUGAAAACAACGGAAUUUUUGAAGAUUAUCAUUCAAGAUAUUGAUAAGGGGUUUUACACAACAGAUGAAAUAACCCAAAUCAUGCUUUGGGCACUUGCACAUCUAGCUUUUCUAAAAAAUGAAAACGUGUCUGUUGUUGGAUGGCUUUCUUCACUUAAAUUCAUUCAGUUGCCUUGUGGAAAGCUAGUCAAAGCCUCAGAUCUUUUUGAUCCUGAGCUGGAGAUUCUGCAAAAUCUGUUCUACAUGGAAGAGAAAACCAGGUUUCCCACAAGUACAUUCAGGUCUUCACCUGAUAUUCUUUAUUCACUUAGACAACUGGGACUUCGAAAUGAAGUACAGCUUAGUGAAAAAGAUGUGCUCAAAGUGGGAUUGAAAAUAGAGGAGUUACAAAGUUGCAAGGAACCUGAAUGGGACUUGAUAAUCAAAAAAGCAAAAACACUCCUCCAAAUUCUUAACAGACAAACCAAGCUGGUAAAAUCAGCAGGUGCACAGGCAUCAUUGUUUAAACUUAAAUGGGUACCUGUCUGCAGAGAAAGACCUCUAACAUACCCUAAAUCCCUUGCCUGGGUUGGAGAUACUGUCAAAAUCAGCUCUUUGUCUGAAAUGUGUGACAUAUCCCAUGCAGUGCUUGUGGGUUCAUCAGUAGCUUUGGUUGAACACACAUCUACAGGCAUGAAAAAGGCGCUGAAACUAUCUGCAGAGCCACAGGUGGAUCAAGUUUUACAGCACCUGAAAGCAGUGAUUGAUUGGCAUAAAUCUCAAGCAUUCACCACUGAGGAUUGGUAUCAAUUCCAGCAGAUCUUGUUUGACAUUUAUGGUUUCAUGCAGGCUCAUCUUGAGGAUGCUAGAGAAGCAAUGAAAUCAUUGCCUUUUGAUUGGGUUUGGACAGGAAAGACAUUCUCAUCACCUGGCAAGACAGUCCUAAAACCCCUCACUGAUCUUGACUUGCAGCCCUAUCUCUACUCCCUGCCAAAGACAAUAAGAAAGUUUCACAAACUUUUCAAGUUUUGUGGUUCAGUUGAAGAGGUUGUCCCAAGCCAUGUGUUUGAAGUCAUUAGCACAAUACAGAAAAUAUGUGAAGUAGGGAUCACCAACCAGGGAAGCAAGCAUGAUAUCCUCCUUUUAAUCAACAUAUUAAGAUGGCUAUACAACAGUCAGAUACCUGUAGACAUUAACAUGUAUGUGCCGAUUCUUUCUUACAAAGACACAAGCAAACUAGUGAUGAAGCCUAUCCAUGAAUGCACCUACUGUGACAUCAAGGUUGAUGAUUUGAAUGACUUACUUGAAGAUGCAUCAGAGCCCAUUAUAUUAGUCCAUGAUGACAUCCCAAUGAAAACUGCAGAGUGGUUGAAUGUGCCAUGUUUGAGCACCAGGUUAAUAAACCCAGAGAAUCUUGGUUUUGAACAGUCAGGCCAAAGAGAACCACUAACAGUCAGAAUAAAGAACAUAUUGGAAGAAUAUCCAUCUGUAGCAGACAUUUUUAAAGAGCUACUCCAGAAUUCUGAUGAUGCAUGUGCAACAGAGUGUAGCUUUCUCAUUGACAUGAGAAAAAACACUGGAAUCAGAGAGAAUCUUCUUGAUCCUGGUAUGGUUAUUUGUCAUGGGCCCUGCUUAUGGUCUUAUAACAACUCUGUAUUCUCAGACAAUGAUUUUCUGAACAUUACACGGUUGGGUGGAUCAGUAAAGAGAUGUGAAGCAGACAAGGUUGGCAAGUUUGGAUUGGGGUUUAACUCAGUCUAUCACAUCACUGAUAUUCCCAUCAUAAUGAGCAGAGAGUUUAUGAUAAUGUUUGAUCCAAACAUCAAUCACAUCAGCAAGCACAUCAGAGAUAAAUCUAAUCCAGGGAUCAAAAUCAACUGGAGCAAACAACAGAAGAGGCUGAGGAAAUUCCCUAACCAGUUCAAACCUUUCAUUAAUGUAUUUAACUGCCAGCUUCCUCUAGCUCAGGACUCCCCAUACAAAUACAAUGGCACGCUGUUCAGACUUCCAUUUAGAACAGAGCAGGAAGCAUCAGUGAGUGAAAUCAGUUGUCUGUACUACAACACCACAGACAUCUAUUCCCUGGUUGAUGAGUUCAGCAUAUGUGGCCAUAGGUUCAUUCUGUUUACACAGCAUGUGGGCAGUAUGGUCUUAAAAUACCUGAAAUGUGAGGAACAAAAUCCAGCAGGAGCACAAGAUGUGGUCACCAUCAACAAAAGUGUGUGGUCAUCCAAGGCCUCAUAUGGACCUCUGAGUAUCCUUAAAUCAGCUGCAAAGGUUAUGAAAAAAGUUUCAAGCACCAAUAAGGUACCUGCAGAUGUUCCCAAGUCUGGCUGUAUCAUACGCGUGUUGGUGGAGGAGUUUCACAAUGUGUUCAAACGUAUUGUUGAUCUUCACUCUCCACUGUUCAGAGGUUCAGAGGAAGAUCCUAACCAGUACUUUGAGAUGGCUGCAAAAGGUGUUCAGACAAGAAGACUUACAGAUGAAAUGCCCCAAAAGGCAGUAGAUGUUACCAACUGGCUCAUUUGCUCAUGCAUGGAUGUAACUGAGGCCCUAAAGUUUUCCCUCAGUGACAGUGGCGUAAGACUUGGACUUGUGCCUUGUGGAGGAGUUGCUGUUCUGCUUGCAGAGGAAGAGGAUCAUAAAUGGACAGUAAAGACCAGUGCAACACCAAUCGGAGAGGUUUUUUGUUACUUACCUCUUAGAAUCAAAACAGGUCUUCCAGUCCACAUCAAUGGCUGUUUUGCAGUGACAUCAAACCGAAAAGAAAUCUGGAAGACUGACACUAAAGGACAAUGGAAUUCUGUGUUCAUGAGACAUGUCAUUGUCCAAGCAUAUUUAGCAGCACUCACAAUGCUACGUUCAAUGGCUGAAAGUGGAGAACUGCUCAACUACAGUUAUUAUGCAGCAUGGCCAGAUCCAAGUCAAGUGCAUGAUGAUUUCACACUGAUCAGCCAGGGUGUCUACCAAGAAAUAGCAAAAGGGGGUGACAGUGAGCAUGCAAAGGUUUUCUCAGACAGCAAACUCUGGGUGUCCAUCAAAUACGUCAGAUUCCUUGAUGAUGCCUUACUAUGUAGGGCAGAUAUUGGGCCUGCUGCUUUCAAGAUAUUCUUGAAAUACCUCAAGAAGAGUGGCUCACAAAAGCUUUGUGCUGUUGAGCUGCCUGACUGGGUGAAGGAUGGGUUUGACGAUGCUGGAUGUAAAGGGAAGUUAAUGGAAAACACUCUCACAGAGAAGCAGUUCUUUUCAGAUGUAUUUUUCCCUCACAUCCAAGAAAUAGAGAAAGAGCUCCGUGAUCCCCUGAUGCAUUAUGUCUUGAAUGAGAAACUUGAAGAUUUUGCAUCAAUUCUCAGGGAUACUCCUUGUAUCCCAUGCUCUGGUCCCACUAAAGAUCUGGUUUUGCCUUCCCGGCUCAUUCAUCCAGAGGGGAGAGUUGCUAAACUCUACAACACUGAUGAUGGAAGAUUUCCUGAAGGGACUUCUAAGGACUAUGUCAACCCUGUUUGUUUAGUGAAGCUUGUGGAGUUGGGCAUGGUAAAAGAUGAUCUGUCAUGGGAGGACCUUAUUGAACGUGCUCAAUCUGUUAUUGAUCUUAAUGAUAGCGACCACACAGCUGCAUGCUUUCGUAGCAGUUUAAUACUGAGUCUAAUUGAUGAGAAACUGAAAAUGAGAGAUUUAGGAGCAGCUAAACUUUCAGAGAAGCUAAAGGACAUCAAGUUCCUUCCUUUCCUGACAAGACCUGCAGGCUUCUCACUCCCAUGGCAUGGGAAUAACUUUUCUCCAACAACAUUGUUCUCCUCUGGAGAACUCUUCACAACGGAACACCAGGACACAGUGUGUCUGAUGAAGCCAAUCUUGAAUGAAAAUUCCCCAUCUUUCAAAGGUUGUGGUUCAAUGUCACUGGCUGUGAAAGAAUGUCUUGGUCUAAUAAGGAAGCCAUCAGUUGGACUGGUUAUCAGUCAACUUAAGAAACUGUCUAAAUCAUUUGACGGUAUCACACUGUAUCAGGAGAACAUAACAAAUGCCUGUUACAAGUUUCUUCAUGAGGAAAUGCUACAGGAUGAGAAGGCAAAAGGACAAAUAUCUGAGGAACUAAAAGCGUUCAAUUCCAUCUUGGUGGAAAACACAUAUGUCAAUCCUCCCAAAGUUGCUUUCCACCUGAAUUUUGAUGCAGCUCCACAUCUUUAUCAACUCCCUAACAAAUACAGAAACAGCUGCCGUGAACUCUUUGAAAAUGUUGGGGUACAGCCAAAGUACACCGUUGAGGAUUUCUCUGCAGUUCUUGAGACUGUGAAGCAAGAAUGUGGCCAAAACUCACUAAAAGAGGAGAGUUUUCAGUUGUGCCGCAGAAUUAUAAGUGAAGGAAUAUGGAGUUUAAUACGAGAAAGGAACCAAGAAUACUGCAAAGAAAAUUAUGGUGGGAUUCUUUUACCGGACUCCAAACUGACAUUGCAGCCAUCAAAAUCACUAUGCUACAAUGACUGUCCUUGGAUCAAAGUCAAAGACUCGUCUGUUAAAUACUGCCAUGGAGACAUUCCAAGAGAGGUAGCUGUGAAAUUAGGAGCUGUCCCAAAACGCCACAAAGCCUUGGAGAGAUACGCCUCAAAUGUCUGCUUCACUCCGCUUGGGAGUGAGUUUGGACAGAAAGAAAAACUCACGAGCAGGAUAAAAAGCAUUUUGAAUGCUUAUCCAUCAGAAAAAGAAAUGCUAAAAGAGCUGCUGCAAAAUGCAGAUGAUGCAAAAGCAACUGAAAUCUACUUUGUUUUUGAUUCAAGGACACACCCAACUGACAGAAUAUUCGAUGACAAAUGGAUCCCAAUGCAAGGCCCUGCCCUCUGUGUAUACAACAACCAGCCUUUCACAGAGGAUGAUGUCAGAGGUAUACAAAACCUUGGAAGAGGAACAAAAGAGGCCAAUCCUGGAAAAACAGGUCAGUAUGGCAUAGGAUUCAACUCUGUUUAUCACAUCACUGAUUGCCCUUCCUUCAUUUCAAACAAUGACAUUCUAUGCAUCUUUGACCCACAUGCACAGUAUGCACCUGGAGCUACAUCUGUGAGUCCUGGGAGAAUGUUUAAAGACUUAGACUCUGACUUCAGAUCUCAGUUUUCAGAUGUACUAAAUCUUUACUUGGGCAGUCAUUUCAAGUUAGAACACAGCACAAUGUUCCGCUUUCCCAUCCGCUCCACAGAGAUGGCAAAGACAUCAGAGAUCAAUUCUGUCCCUGCAUCAGACAGAAUGGUGCAAAACCUUCUGGAUAAGUUAAAAAAUGAUGGGGCAGAGCUUUUAAUGUUCCUCAACCACAUGGAGAAAAUAUCAAUCUGUGAAAUUGAUAAUGUAUCUGGAGAACUAAAAGUACUCUAUUCUGUAACAGCCAAAAUUACAGAUGGUGAUCGGCUGAAACGUAAACAGUUUCAUGCAUCAGUUGUUGAUAGUGUGACUAAAAAGAAGCAGCUCACUGCAAUCCCAGUCCAACAGAUAACCUACACAAUGGAUAUGGAAGACACUGAUGGAAAUAUGACAACAUGGAUGGUGUGUAACCGAUCCGGCUUCCCGAACAUUGAAAGCGUCUCAAAAAGUGUGAUAUCAGCUCACAAAAAUUUAGACAUAACUCUUUUUCCACGUGGAGGCGUAGCUGCAUGUGUAAGCCAAAACUACAAAAAAGCACACAGAGCUUUCUGCUUUUUGCCCCUCUCACUGGAGACGGGUUUACCAUUUCACGUAAAUGGCCAUUUUGCAUUAGACUCUGCUAGAAGAAACCUAUGGAGAGAUGACAAUGGAGUGGGAGUCAGGAGUGACUGGAAUAACAAUUUGAUGACAUCAUUGAUAGCCCCUGCCUGUGUGGAAUUGCUGAUACAGCUUAAGCAUAGAUACUUCCCAGGUCCUGAUUCCACUCUAACCAUUCUACAAGGAACACCACUACAUGUGGUUAAAGAUACAUUGCGAAAGUAUCUGUUUUUCUUCCCAGUCAACAGACUUGAUAUACAACCUGAUUGGUACUGUCUGGUUAAAGCAGUUUACUACUGUAUCCAUGCUGACCUGAAGCGCUUACUCCCUGUAGUCAAAGCAGUGCAGUAUGACAACUCUGAAAUGCACUCUGUUGUUUACAUUUCAUGGGUGACUACAUCGACUGCAGACAAGGACAGAGCCUUUUUUGACAACCUGCUACAAGAUGAGCUUCAGCACUUGAAAAACACAGAGUACAACAUCACCUCAAGAAAGUCUGUGGCUGAAAAUGUUUACAGAUUGAAAACCCUGCUUCUGGACAUUGGUUUCAACCUGGUUUACAGCUGUGAUGAGACAGCAAAUCUCUAUUUCUGUUUGAAAGAUGCAGGGAUACCUGUUUGUUUUGUGACACCAGAGGAUGUCCGCAUCUUUAUACAAACCUUCUCAUCACCAGACACAUCUUGCAAUAUUGGAAAACUCCCCUGCCGUCUCCAACAGUCAAGCUACAAGCUUGUUCAUAACUUGAAACUUCUAGUUGACUAUUGCUUUAAAGAAAUAGAAGUGGAUGAAGUCAAAAUUGAGGGGUUGCCUCUGUUGAUAACAAUGGACAAUAUGAUUCAGGUGUUUGAUUCCAAGAGACCAAAGUUCCUGACAAUACAUCAUGAGCUUAUCUCAUCAAGGAAAGAAUUGUUCAUGAAUACGUUGUACAUUAAGUACAGCAACAUCCUUUUAAAGGAAGGAAUUGCAAAGAACUUUGACAUCGGUUGCUUUGGUGAUUUACUGGGGUCAGUUCUUCCAAGAGAGUAUCGAACAAAGAUCCCUGUAAAAUGGAGAGACUCCUUUGCAAGUGAAUCUUGGUUGAAGAAUGUGUGGAACUUCAUCAGUGAAAAUAUUGAUGUAAAGGAAGAUCAGGCGGACAGCAAGCCCAGUUUUGACACAGUACUUGAUAUUCUGAAAGACUGGGCUUUGCUACCAGGAAUUAAAUUCAUGACAAGGGAAAGGAUAGUUGUCCCUGAGCAAGAUGUACUUUUACCUCUGAGUUUGAUAGACAUAGCCCUUUUUCCUCAUGGCCAAAAUGACAAAGUUUUUCACACUCUAAUGAAAGCAGGGUGCAUCCAGCUUGCAGUAAACAAAGUAUGUGUCAAAGAUAACCCCAUUAUUCCCUUUCUAGCGCAACGAACUGCAAACAUUGAAAAUCCAUCAAGUGUUCUAAAUGCUUUAGACUACAUGAUUCAAACAUCUGCAUUCAAAACAGCAAACUUGACUGACAAAGACUUUGAGGCUCUAAUGUUGUAUUUCAACUGCAAUCUAGCUAACCUCACACAAAAGGAUACACAGAGGCUGAAACUCCUACCAUGCUUUAAAUCAGUAAGUGGUAGAUACAUCAGCAUUGCAAACAACGGAGCAAACUAUGUCCUCACAAAAAGCAUUCCGACUGCAGACAUUGAAAAAUGGGCUCAUACAGUCUCCUCUUCCUUUCUUGCUGACAAUCAGCAGCUGAAAGAUCUAUACACCUUCCUUGGCUGCAUUCCAAUUGAUGACUUGGAAAUCUACCUUCGACAUCUCCUGCCAAAGUUUGAGAGUUUUUCCUAUGAUGCUAAAGUUGAACAUAUUAUCUACUUGAAAGAGAGAUUUUUGUCAAUGGAAGAGUCAUGGGAGAUGAAGGAUCAGCUUUUUGAUAAGUUGGAGGGACUGUGUUUCAUCUAUGACUACUCUAACAGACUCCGGUCAGCCAAGUUUUUCUAUGAUGAAACAGUGAAGGUGUUUGAAGUAAUGCUACCUGCAAAAUCAUUCAUACCAAGUGACUUCUUUAAGAAAGUUGAGCAAGUGUCAAAACCCAAAAAUGGGGCAUUUUUUCUGACCUCAUGGACAACCUUUCUGAGAAGUAUUGGUCUUAAGAAUGUAGUUUCACAGCAGCAAGUUCUACAGUUUGCAAAAGAGGUCAGCAUCAAAUCCCAAACAGAGGGCUGGAACAAAGAAAAAGUGCAAACCAUUGUAGAUGUUCUCUUAAACCACAUCUUCAAAGAGAGGUCAGAUCUGUUUCAGGGUACUUUUCUUAAAGAGCUCUCAAUGAUACCAUUCCUGUAUCCAGAGAGAGCUCCAAAGGAGCUUAUAAAGCUUCAUUCGCAGUACCAAGACAUGAGUGGCACACUUUCUCUGAUUCGUUUUAGUGGGUCUCAGGUAAAUCCAAAGUUCAAGCAAACAGAUGUCAUUCAUCUCCUUUGGACAUCUUGCUCAAUUCUACCUGAAAAAGCUACACCAUUAUGCAUUAAGGACCAGGAGGGAAGUGCACUGACAGGACAGGAACAACUUGACCAAGUACUAAACAUAUUAGGCGUCAACUUGGACCCAAUGUUGGAAAAAGUCAUAAGCAACUGCAAGAAUAUCUGCAACAUAUCAAGUCCAGAUGAUGAAAUGGUGAAAACCAGAAACAAAGUUUUAAGGUCCACCUACGAGUUUCUCAGUGCAGAUAAAAGAGAUUUCCGUUACCAGCUCCAUGGGGUGUCUUUUGUCAUGGUGGAAGAUGGCUGGAAACUGCUAAAACCUGAGGAGGUUGUCAUUAAUUUAGACAAUGAAUCUGACUUCAAACCCUACCUGUAUAAAUUACCUCUAGAACUUGGUACUUUUCAUCAGCUGUUCAAACUUCUUGGUACAGAAGAUGUUGUGUCAACUAAACAAUAUGUCGAAGUACUCUGGAGAAUUUACAGAAGUUCAGAGGGCAAGCAGCUGGACCCAAAUGAAAUGAGAACAGUAAAAAGAGUUGUUUCAGGGUUGUUUAAGUCUCUCCAUAAUGAUCCAGUGGAGAUUCGCAAAGAUCUCGAAAAUGUAAGAGAUUUAACAUUUUAUAUGCCAAGUCAUGAUGGUAGGUUAGCAAAAUCUAGUAGCUUGGUAUUUGAUGAUGCCCCACACUACAAGAGUAGAAUUCAUGGUAACAUUGGAGUUCAGAUGCUUGUGGAUAUGAGCCAGUGCUAUCUUGGCAAAGAUCACUCCUUUCACACAAAGCUAAUCAUGCUACUUCCACAAAAACUUAGGCCAAGACUGUUAAGUAGCAUUCUUGAAGAGCAACUUGAUGAGGAUUCUCCGAAAAUGUGCCAGUUUGGAGCUCUUUGUUCACUUCAAGGACGCCUUCAGCUGUUGCUGUCAUCAGAGCAGUUUAUCACAGGACUGAUCAGAAUAAUGAAACAUGAGAAUGACAAUGCAUACCUUGUGAACGAGGAAAAAGCCAUACGUCUCUGUAAAGCACUCUGUGAAGGUUUAAAAGUAUCUUGUUUUGAAAAACUCCAAACAACUUUAAGAGUGAAAGGAUUUAGUCCAAUCCCACACAGCCGCAGUGAAACGCUUGCUUUCUUGAAGAGAUAUGGGACAGCUGUGAUUCACCUUUACAUUCAGCAUUCAGACAGCAAAGACAUUAAUUUUCUUUUAGCGCUGGCAAUGACACUGAAAUCUGCCACAGACAAUUUGAUAUCUGAUACAUCCUAUCUGAUUGCCAUGCUUGGCUGUAAUGACAUUUACAGAAUCUCUGAGAAGUUGGACAAUCUUGGGGUAAAGUACGACUCAACAGAGCCUUCAAAACUUGAGCUUCCCCUCCCUGGAACCCCAAUACCAGCUGAGAUACAUCACACACUCCUCAUGGAUCCUAUGAAUGUAUUUUAUCCAGGAGAAUAUGUAGGUUACCUUGUGGACUCUGAGGGUGGAGAAAUGUAUGGGUCCUACCAGCCUACAUAUACAUAUGCCAUCAUUGUUCAAGAAGUAGAUAGAGAAGAGGAGGAAAGCACAAGUUUCCUCGGAAAAUGCUUCCAGAUUGACAUAGGUUACAGUGAGUACAAAAUAGUCAGUUCCCUUGACUUGUACAAAUUCUCCCGACAAGAUGACGGUAGCCAAGUCCGUGACUCCAGUGCCCCAUCAACUCCUUCAAGUCCAAACAGUUGUUCCUCAAGUCUACAAAUGACCCCUCCCCCUUUUACUGGUAAGGAAAAUCUGAGACCUCCCCCUCAAAAACAGUCACCAAGAAAGAUCAAGCUUCUUGCAGUGCCUGAGAUUUUGAAGGAAGUGACCUUAGUGGUUGAACAAGCUUGGAAACUUCCUGAGUUGGAGAGAAAGAAAAUAAUCCGACGAUUGUAUCUCAAGUGGCAUCCAGACAAAAAUGCAGAAAAUCUGGACAUUGCCACUGAAGUCUUCAAGCACUUACAGAUUGAGAUCAAUAGGAUGGAGAAACAAUCUGUGGCUGAUCAGCAAACUACAGACAGGGCUUCAAGGAGAUCCUACUCAACACCAUCAUCACGCUUCCAGUCAGAGAAGUUUUCAUUUCAAAGGUUUUAUUCAUCAUGGAACCAGGAAGCAACGAACCACAAGUCUGAAAGACAGCAGUUUAGGGAACAUUAUACAGGCUAUGCAGGUUCCUCGCACUCUCACCGUUUCUUUGUGCCUCCUACUUUCAGGACAGUUGGUAACCCUGUGGAAGCCCGGAGGUGGCUUAGACAAGCAAGAGCCAACUACUCUGCUGCUCGGAAUGAUCUUCAUAAAAAUGCCAAUGAGUGGGUUUGUUUUAAAUGCUACCUGGCAACAAAGCUUGCCCUGAUAGCUGCUGACUAUGCAGUCAGAGGAAAGUCAGAUAAAGAUGUGAAACCAACUGCCCUGGCUCAAAAAGUUGAAGAGUAUAACUCCCAGUUAAAAGGCCUUGCCAAAGAUGUUCAAAUCCUGGAAGGAUAUGGUGUGGACAGCCUAAGAACUCGCUAUCCAGAUCUCUUGCCAUUUCCACAGAUUCCCAAUGACAGAUACACAUCUGAGGUGGCAAUGAGAGUGAUGGAAUGUACCGCACGGAUUAUCAUAAAGCUUGAAACAUUUGUGCAGCAAAAAAUAUAAUAAUGUCUUGAAUCUACAGUAUGAAUAAAUCCUCUGUGUAACAGAUGAUAAUAGAGGAUAUUCCUUGCUGUGUGCGAUACGACAAAAAAUUAUUUUUUUUAGCUGGCUGCAUAUGGCAUAUAUGCAGUUUCUACCAGUAAUGGUGAUUUUGUGGCCAAUGUUAAUUUAUUAAUGUAUGGCUCACUAUAUAUAUAUAUAUAUAUAUAUAUAUAUAUAUAUAUAUAUAUUUUGUUUGUCAAAGUUCAAACACUGAUUUUAUAUUAGCUAAAUGUUUUGCCACACAAACACACAGACCCAGUUAAAACAACGUCUAAUCAAUGUUUAAUGUCAAAUACUUCAACAGCUGUCAUUUUUUAAAAUAAAAACUUUUGUCUCUUUUUUUAAGGGGUUAUUUCAUUUCUGCAAAGACUGUACAUUUUCUGUAACGUGAAGUCAAUCACUUCUUCAUGAAGUGCCAUACAGCCUUUUUUAAGUGCUUCAGUCACACCAGCAACUUGGGCCAAUCUUUUAGUGAUUGAAAUGUUUUUUUUUUUUACUUUCAAAACAUUUUUUUUCCUCAGGAUUUAUUUUAUAUUGUAACUGCUGCAUUAUAGCAUUAUAGAGUCAUGUGAACACAUUUGAUUCCUACAGAAAUCAUUAGGGGUGUAACGGUACAUGUAUUCAGGUUGUCAUGGUUCUGUGCAUGCAGGCAUACAACAAAUGCGUCUGAAUUGAGAUGAAGGGCUAUAACACAUGGCAGUAUCCACAUCCAGGUGGCAAUAAUGCUUGUAAUUGUUUUCUAACCGCUAUUUAACAACAACCGCAGAAGAAGAAGCAGAUGCGAUAAAACCAAAGGGGAAGAAAAGUAAUAUAUCAAAAGAACACAGCAUAGCUAGAAGACCUGCUUGUUUUCUGCAAAUCAAUUGUGUGGGGAAACCUCAGAUUCCCAUUGCCAUAUGUCAUUGGACACAUGUUGAAUAUACAGAUGAAUAUUAAGACAGCAUUACCCAUGGGCACCUAACACAGGAGUAAAGCAAAAUAAAACAUGUCUGCCAAUAUGUGAAUUUACCCAAACCUCGUUAGUAUGUCCCAUCUUGUGUGCACACAAAAAAAUCUGUGGUCCUUGCCAUUUACUGGCAUACACGAGUGGUGAUUGACCACGAGGGGUUCCCUGCACCUUCUGUUGCACUAACUACAGAUUGAUGGACCCCCAUGUGUGACUUGAAGCUAUCUCAGUCACAGCACACUUGCCUUGUUCUUAAAGGCAUUGUUGCUGCAUUAUUUAGGCUUUAGGCUUUAGGCUUAUAUUUUUGUGACGAUUUAUUAUUAUUUGUCCUAUGCCCUGGCUCAAAUUCCUGUGAGAUGAAAAUGAAAAAAUGAAAACAUUAAAACAAUAGCAUCAGCUUCCCAAGAAAUAGGAAAAUAAUUGGCCAGAUAAUGGCGCUGUAGUUAAGGAAACAAAAUAACAUGAAAGACCAUGCCCCUCACACUGUAAGUCAUAUUGACACAAGUCCAGCUAAUUUUGCUUUACAAAAAAGCCUCUUGGACUCUCGAAGUCAGCCAUGAUGGAUUUUUGGCAACAACAUUCUUUUUUCCUGAGUUUCAUUCAAAUCUGUGGACGGGUGGAUAAAUGGGGGAUCAUUACGUCAGCAAACACUGAAAUGCUGCAGGAUUUGUGAUGAUGAAAUGACUGAUGGUUCUCACUCUUUUUUUAAACAAAUUUAAACCAGCUGAAAGUGACAUUUUUCAUUUUUCAUGUUGAGGUUUGAAACCUGCCAGUUGCAGUUAGUGGCAUAAAAAGGGCUGGAACUCGUUACGUUUGGCAAGCAACUUCUUUUUUUUGUUUUUUGUUUCAUGUUUAUUACACCAACCAGGACAACACAGAAUCUUGUAUAUCAAACAUGUUGAUUUACACUGUGCCAUUGUAAGGCCUAAUAAAUUCCCCUAAAAUAAAUUGUGUGUUUUUAUUGUUUAAAAAUGUCUCUUUAUAAAGGUUUUAACAGAGUGUAAUAAAAAUUUAAGUUAC